CAUCUUGAACCAAAAACUUCAUGGCAAGAAGAAAGCAACGAAAUCAAGAGGCUUCGUAAUCUCGUCAUGCUGCACUCCAGAUUCAAUAGCGCGUUCCGGCGCGACCGGCUGGUACUGGAUGCACAGCGGCGAGGCUCUAGUGCACAUGAGCCCUGGUCGAAACGGAGACGCCACUGAUUGGCGGAACAAUCCAAUUCCAUGUGAUAUAUUUUCCGUGAGGGACAAGCGAGAAACGACAUCCAGGUGGAGACUGAGCAGGACAGGCCUGGGGUCCCCAGAUGGGCAGAACUUUGACUACCAGAAAGAGCAUGGUCUACCAACGACCCCAUAUCAUGGUCUGUGCCGGCCUGGAGUGGCGUGGGGGAGGAAGAUACGGGGGGAUAUUGUUCCAUUUCGUGAGGAGAGAUUGGAUCUGCAAUAUUUAACAAGGCCUGCCCUCCUUCUGUGUAUCUCUUUCUUUGUACAUCUAAGGAUCAAUCUCGCCGAGCACUACGACCCUAUCACGGGCCUUCUGCGACCACGACCUUUCCUUGGACAACACCUCAAUCGUUCCACACAGGCUCAACUCUGCCUACUACUCGCUGCCUUCGUUCCAUAGUCUUUCCCUGUCGUUCAAGAAAGACCACCGCAAUCAUGGGCAAGUUUAG